GUUAGCGCACUCAUUUUGCGCAGCAGGCGUUUUUUAUUUGGUAUCGUGAAAAAGUAGCUAAGACUAGCUAGAAGAAUAUAGGUUGUUUUUAAAGCAGUUUGAACCUUAGUUUGUUUUGGGCUGCAGUAUUUGUCCAAUUAAUUUAAUUCACAGCGUGAAACCGUUUCAAAUGUGUCGUUUAUCACCCGGUGAGUAGACCAGAGAUGUGGGAAUACAACCUGUUAUUCUGGCUAAUGGUGGCUACUGGCUAGUUAGCUAAACAUUCAGGUGCUGGAGAAUGAUGCAGUCCCUAACCCCAGAUGUUGAAGUUCGACUCUCAGUGGGCCAAUGCGUCCGAACUCUCACUACCUCCAAAGAGAAGGAAGAGGUGACCAAAACUCUACACACACUAACCAGUUACCUGGACGAUGGGCCUCAGAGUACAAUUACGUCAGCUCAGCGAGCAGAGUUCAGUCGAGCCCACUACACCCGGACCCUACAGUUUCUCAUCAGUAACAUCAAUGCUGAUUGGCUCCAGCUUCUUACCGUUGCCCAGUGCACAGAAUUGUGGGAUGGUUUGUUCCUCCGAGGUCCUCCAGACCAGACUCUGUUAGUGCUGAUGGAUGGUAUCAGCUCAAUGAGAAGCCCCAGUGCAGGUCUGGACCGUUUAGUCAGCAUCCUAGAGCGGUUCCUUCAGAGUGGUCGUCUGACAGUCCUACUGUGGACCCGCUGUCAGGGGACGGGUCCCUCCGACUCUCCCCAGCUCAGAGAGACCCUGCUGAACCGCCUGGUGGCUCUGCCUGACCUGACUGCCAACCAGCUGCACCACCACAACAAGACCCUCUUCCUCCCCCAGCAGUACUACCCCCUAUUGGCCAGAGAAAUGCUCACUGUGCUAGAGAGAACCUGUCAGGCUCUGAGAGAUAGAAAAGACUGCUCUCUGACUUUUGUGGCCCAGGCACUGGGGAAGGCCUGUGUUCAGGGACACAGUGGGUUAGUAUUUGGGGUGCUGGCCCCUCACCUCUCCUCCUGCACGCUUUCAGACAUGGUGUGGCAAAGGGUGUGCUGGAAGCUGCUGGAGAAUGUCCCAGAGCGCUGGUUGGAGAGCGUGCUCACUGGGAUGGUGCAGGCUGUCAACAGACCUGAUGCUCUGUCCAGGAUCAUGGGGAACCUGGUGUUGAAGAACAAAAAGGCCCAGUUUGUCAUCACCCAUAAACUGCUCCUGCUUCAAUACAAAUAUGAGACUCGUGUGUUGAGCAUUCUUCUAGGCUACCUGGCUCAGGACAGGGAGAGAAGGCCACUACUUAUACAGGUGCUGCGGUCGCUGUGCCAGGCCUGGGCUAACCCCAGUGCAGUCAGACACACCCCUCUGGAGCAGCAGCUCUAUGUGAGCCGGGCUCUGCUGCUGUGUGUGGGACUACUGAGUGAUGCAGAGCUACAGGAGCUACGCUCAGAGCUGCUGCAGUGCAUGUUGGGAGGGAUGCAGAGCCACCUGGACAGCAGUGUAGUCCGUGUGAGGCGCAUGGGCAUGGUGGUGGGGGAGUGUCUCAGCUCCCGCAUGGAUGUCAAUGGAGCUAAACUCAAAUUCGAAUAUGAGCAUGAUGAGGAGACCAAGGAGCUGCUCUCACUGAUGACUCCACUGUCUGAAGAAGAAACAGAGCCGCUUGAUGACAGAUUGGAUCUUCCUCAAGACGUCAAAGGGAAGACUAUACCCUCUCAGGCAGUACCAUCCCAGGCUGCUUCCGUGGCUCAGAAAUCAGGAGCUGACCCAGACUCAGAGCUGGAUAGUGAUGAUGAGCUCACCCCCUAUGACAUGUCAGCUGACCAGGAGAUGAGCCAAGCUGCCCCACCUCGCUACCUCCGAGACUGUCUGGAGGCCUUCCUCUCAUCUGAGGACCCAGUGAGGGUGGAUCUCAGUCUGAGAGCCAUUGAGGGCUUGGUGAGGAAGAACACUUCUACAGCUCGAGAGGUCAGUGUUGAACUGAGCAAGGUGCUGCUGCACAUGGAGGACAGGUACAACACUGUGGGUUUCUUGAGUCUCAGGCAGGCUGCUAUGGUGGCCCUCACUGUCACCGACUCUGUCCCAGUGACUGAGUAUCUGACCACAGAGUUCUACUCCAUGAAUUACAGUAUACGACAACGGCUGGAUAUUUUAGAGGUCCUCAUUAUGUCUGCGCAGGAGCUCUCUCAACCAAUCACUGACAAAGGAGGUCCAUCCAAGGCCAUUCAGCGGGUUACCAUGAAUACACCCCUUUACCCCGGCGAUGACCCCAUACACUGGCGACAAGUGGUGGAGAGGCGGAUUCAGAGUAAGACCAAACGUCUCAGUAAGGGCGUCACUCACCCCCCAGCCAAGCCCACCCCAAACCGUUAUGCCCCUGUUGCUGGCCACUUCUUCUUCCCUCUGCUCAGAAACUAUGACAGGCCUCAGGUGACCUUUGACCUGCUGGGCGGUGACCACCUGGUUCUGGGGAGACUGAUCCACACUCUGGGACUCCUCAUGCACCUAGCAGUUAAUGCUCCGGUGGCCACUCAGAUGGGCAGAGCUCUGUUGGAUUUUGUCUGGGCCGUACGCUACCACGUUGACCAGAUGGUGCGGCGAGGAGUCCUAUUUGCUGUCUGCUCCGUCUUUCUGAGCAUGCCCAGUCAGAGUUUGCUGGUGGAGCUCGGUGAUCAGCUGUUUGAGACCAGAGCAUGGCUGGCAGACGUAGCUGAAGGGGACCCUGAUACAGACUGCAGGAACCUGGCCGUGCAGAGCCUGGUGCUGCUGGAGAAGAGUCUGAAGACUGAAAUGAACCCUGCUGCACUGGUCCUGCAGUCAUGAUCACAACAUGAUGAUACACAGUGGACCUUGAAGUCCUAUCCCUCUGGUGUACAAAAGGCAACAAACAGCUAGUGUAUUGGUUGUGACUGCCGGUGUAUUGGUAGUGACUGCUUUAGGACACUGAUUGUGACAUGAGUACAAAUUGUUUGCCGACAGGAACUGGCUUGCAGAAAGCCUGAGGAUGUGGUGGAUCCUGGACACUGAAGGAUGUCCUUUAAGCUAGAGCUACAAGCGCUGCAUCCCCACCAUAUCCUGAAAUGAAUAAAUGCGUGCCAAAGGAAAGAAGUUUAUGUGAUGGAGGAGUGUGGAACAGUGCUACACAUACACUGCAUUGUUUGGGGUUUUAGGCUGUGUUUCUGUGUAGCACUUUGUGACAUCGGCUGAUGUAAAAAGGGCUUCAUAGAUACUGGAUUUCAAUCAAUGACAUGUAAGGGACCAUAGCUUUCAUCUGGAUUGAGUCUGUCAUGGAUAGAGCUCAGUGUACAAAACUCAAUUCAUUAAGCAGUUGAAACAUACCAAGACUGGAAAGGAGGAUGUCAUUAGACAAAUAAAUUACCGGUACAUGUAUUAAAAUGUUUGUGGAGGAUGUAUUUUUCUUUUUCCUGACCAGGAACAUCCCUCUGUACUAUAGGUGUUUGCUUACACAGGAAGUCCUGUAAAUUAUGUUUCCUUACACACGUGUACAACAUGCAUCCUUCCCCUGGAGAAAGACUACGCAUGUGGACUUGUGUGUACCUCAACAAGUGAUUAUUUGGGAGAUUAAUUUCAGCUGCCUGAAACAGCAGAAUCCUCCAUAAUAAAAUACAAAUAUAUAUAAAGAGAGAGAGAGAAACCAGUAGCCUGGGAGCCACUCUGCUUUUGUUCUCAUGUUUGUUGUGUCAAGGAGCUGGGAAUGCACACAACGGAUCUGAGACCAGGCUACUCAGUAAAUUGUUCCUGGCUCCUUUCUGUUUCAGGGCCAUGGAGAGAUGUCAAACCUACAAAUCCUUGCCCUCCUGAGUAGAAUGACAUUGUGUACCUUUGUCUAUCAGAAAAAUACAAUCAGUAACCGUUCAUGUUGCAUCUAAUGGACGUAAUCAAAUUAACAGGUUCUGGGAAUAUGUAUUAACUUGAAGUAGAGAGCUAUUUCUGUAUUCAAUGUAGCUUUAUUUACGGAGCUGUAAGCAACCCUGUAAAAAUGAAAGGUUGUGUUGUGAGCCACAUGCCAUAACACACCGAUUUACAAUCGGUAGUUUCCGUAACUCCUCCCACCCUUUCCGAUGACGUUGUCGGGGUAACUAGAAGGGACGCUUUUUUCCCUACAGGGCAGCAGAGCAAAACCACAGAACUGGAAUUGCCAAUUUGCUAUUUAUGUUAUCACGACUAUUUACCCAUUUUUGGACGGCACCUAUAAUAAAUAUUUUCAUGUAACUUCUCUA